UUCUAUCAGCCCCACACAAGACGAAUUAGAUUAAACUGGGGGCGCUUUUUUUCAACAACUCCAUCACCCGAAUGUCUCCGUAUUCAUAGAGGGUUGUCUCCCAAUUCCUAGGAGUCAUUUCAUUGGACAAGGCCGGGGAUUCCUCUUCUGCCAUUGCAUGGGCGAUAUUUCGGUCACAGUGUGGUACUGUCUCGUGUGGUGGGGUUCUCGCUUAUUAAAAAGUUAGGGUGAACCUCAUCAGAUUUCAAAUUCAAUGGGGUGACGUCAGAGUUGUACAUCCCACGGAUCCCGUAUAGCAAUGACGCGGAUGGAUAUUGAAAGCCCUUUGCUGUAGCUGGAGAGUGGAAGGUUAGAAAGUCUUGGUCUGAGUAGCAGGGGGGUAGGAUGGCGGAAGCGUUCGUAGAUGAGAAGGAUGCUCACUCUCUCCUCAAGCGCUUCCCCCGAGCCAACAGUUUCCUGGAGGAGUUCAGACAGGGUAACAUCGAACGGGAGUGUGUGGAGGAGAGCUGCAGCUUCGAGGAGGCCAAUGAAGUGUUCGAGAACAAAGAGAGAACAAUGGAGUUCUGGAAGACUCGCAGUGUGUACACGGUGAGCAGCCACGAGCAGACCAGGGACGGCCGUUCAGAGGGCCACCUCUACAUGGUGGUUCCCCUGCUGGGCGUGGCUCUCCUCCUCCUCAUCGCCCUCUUCCUCAUCUGGAGGUGCCAGCUGCAGAAGGCCACACGGCGGCGGCCAGCCUACACCCAGAACCGCUACAUGAACAACCGCAACACCCGCAGCCUGCCGCGCAUCCUGGUCCACCGGGACACGCCAUCCCACUCCGAGACCCCCUUAUCCAGGCCCACGGUGGUGGUGAGUGGGGUGGAGAGAGUAGUAGGAGGAAGUGGAGGAGGGUCGCUGGUUUGCGCCGCAAACGUUCCCCAAGAACCUCACUCCCACCCUCAGAACACUCGCUCAGCCCUGUACGUCCAGGAUCCGUCUGUGUCAGUAGCGUCGCGUCUCUCCGGUGCCACACCUCCUCCUUCCUACGAGGAGGUGACAGGACACCUGGAGAGCAGCAGCGACGAGGUGUCGGCGCCGUACAGCGACCCUCCGCCCAAAUAUGAGGAGAUUGUCAAGGAGAAGUAAGCAGAGGGAGGGAGAGAGGGAUGGAGGGAGGCUGGGCCGGGGGCCAUACUGUCAGAUCCAUCCCUCCCUCCAUUGUCCUUGUCUCUGGUCUGAGGGGCUGGCAAACUGCUAGCUAUCCGUGGGAAAGAAUGCACUGUGGUAUCUAAUAUCUUGAAGCACUUGUUGUAUCUAUCGCUGACUGACUACUGUACAAGGUUUGGAAUGACGAUGAUCUGUGCUACACUGUGUUUUCUUCUUGAGUUAUCUAUCUUGCCAAUGCCUGGGGUUUGGCGGUCUGUUUUGAUUUUGCAUUGUUGUUAUGCAUCAGUGUUUCUCACUGUACUCUGAAUGUGGUGGUCAUUGUUUACUAGUGCGUAUGACUCUGCAGUGAAGCGCUAUAUCCAUAAUAGCUGUAUAUUUAUACUGUAUACUUUUCCACCUUUCUCUCAUCACACCAGCUGUAGCUAGUCACUUGGAGAAAUACAAUCGCUGCGUCUACACUGCCUUCCCCCCCUAAACACUGAAGAAACGACACCUUUCCCGGACACCCCGAGGCACCUUUAAAUGUGUCAGCCAUCCCAAAUGGUGCCCUAUUCCCUACAUAGUGUACUCACUACUUUUGACCAGGGCCAUUUGGGACGUGGUUGUGAGAAGAAUGGAACAUUGCCAAGUCACCCUCCAUCCCCUGAGAGGAAGAGACUACUGUGUGGAUGAAGGUAGUGAGGAAGUUUCCAAGCCCUCAGUAGUACUUCUUCCUCUCCAGAGUUGUGCCGUGACUCAUGAUAAAGGAGAGUUGAUUUGCCAAAUGUGCCACUGCUGAUUACGUGUACUGCUUUCUGAACACACAAAAUGAAAAGAAAAGGUAUAUUCUUUCAUUUAUUGAAAGUAGUAUGGUUUAACAAACAGAAACAGUAGCCAGUGCUUGUGGACUAUGGGACUAUAGGACUAUCUUAUUAUGAAGAGGAUGCAGCCAGACACAGCGGAUGAAUUGGGAUCUUCAGUGUUUCUCCUCUUUGUCUGAAUCCAACGCCAAGGCCGUCUUUCUCCACAUAUAUCCUCUGGUCAUGGAAGGGCCUUGAAUUAAGAGGAAACGGAUGCACUCCAAGUGUAUGGUUGGAAGAACACGCGUACUAUCUCAAAAUGUCAAUCAGGUAUUUGAGUUUUUGGCUAAUUCGAAAAUAAUUGAAUGACCUGAUAAUUAAUUUCAGUCCUUUAUUAAGCUUACCAGUAAAUAUACUAUCUUACACACACAAACAAAGACACACAGGUACGCACGCACGCACAAAGACACACACACACAAAGACACACACACACACACACAGGUACGCACGAACGCACACACACACACAAACACACGCACACACGGGUACGCACGCACACACACACACACACACACACACACACACACACACAAAGACAGAGGAAGCACAAUCAGUAGCUCUGACAACAUUCCAGUCAACCCUCAGCCUAUCCCUCUCAAAGCUGCAAAGUGAACUUUACAAUGCUGGUUUCAGUACUGCUGUGCUAUAACUGUUUACAAUUGCUACUUUUUAAAAUCUUGUUUGAAUAGAUGCGUAAGAAAUCUCUAGACUAGUGAGCCAUGGUCGGGUAUAUCACCAUCAUGACUGCUGAAUGGUACAAAUGCUCUUCUUUUCUUUAGUCUCUUCUUGUUUUGUUGUUUGCCUUUUGACUGCUUUUUCACUUGUGUCUCGUUUUGUUGGUGUUCAAACCAUGUUGAACCAGAUAUCCACCAACCAGGACAUGCAACAGAAGUAGUGUUUCAGAAUCAGCUCAGGUUGCCAGCAGUAACAGUCUCUAUGUUAUAUACUAACCACUGCCAAUGGCUGGACCAAAUGGGAUCACAAGAUAACUCUGACUUGUACAGCAAUACCUGGAGUACCUGUUUUUUACACAGGGGAGAGAGAAAAGGAGCGACCAAGGGCAGAGAGAGAGAGAGAGAGAUAGGGAGCGGGAGAUGCCCUCUGGCCUGUCUGGGGCCUUCUCCUCAAGGUUAGCAAUGUAAGCGUCUGGCCUGGGCUUAGUCUGCUCUGCAGUUUUCCAAGGAAGGAGGGAUGACAAAACAAUAGGGCUUCUACAGGGAAGGGAAGGAGGGAUGGACACAGGGCUACUGUAAUGGUCCUUCCCUUUCUAGAGGAGCUAGAUGCUGGCUGCUUCUGAUGAUGUGAGCACUGUCUGUCUGCUUCUGAUGAUGCGAGCGUUGUCUGUUUCUGUCUGCUGACUAGUUCCUAGUGUCCCCGGGGUCUCAAGGCUCUUUAUACUGACAUCUAUUCUACAGUUUGUGCUGAUUCAUAUUCAUGGAAUGAACAAUGUGCGAGAGUGUGUGUGCGUGUAUGUGUGUGUGAGAUCCUGUAUUUGUGCCCAAACUCUCCUUAAAAAUUCACUUCACUAAAGAUUGAAAUACUCCACAAAAACAAUUGUUUAUGUUCUUUACUAUAUCUAUAUAUUCAUGCAUGUACAUGUAAAUAUACAGUGCGUUCGGAAAGUGUUCAGACCCCUUGACUUUUUCCACAUUUUGUUAUGUUACAGCUUUAUUCUAAAAUUGAUUAAAUACUGUUUUCCCCUCAGAGGUCU